AAGGGGUCCUACAGCCAGUUGGCGUUUAUUGUCCCACAACCUAUUAAAAUCGCUUGACCUCGGAGGGCUGUUUCAGUCUUAUCGCGGAUUGUUUUAAAAGCUAGGCCCACGUUGUAGAAUGGACGGAGCAGAAGCGGAGCCUGCUGCGCAAGGUCCCACAGCAGAACCGCCAAGUGGGAUACAGGCAGUUAAGAAGAAGAAUAGAAAGAGAAAACAGCCACAGCAUUCUGCUGACAUAGUCUUCACAAAGGGGGCCUCCAUCCAGACCAUCGCCUCGCUCUCCAAACUUUUAAAGGAGGUCACUGAGCCCAUUGUUGGUCUUCAGUAUGUGUGGGAGUACCGCAGCCCCAGUAAAUCUGUCCCACCACACUACCAGUGUAAACUCUGCGCCGUAUCCCGCUUACAGCACGACAUGCUGGCCCAUGUCAAAGGAUGGAAACACAGCUAUAGAUACGUUAGUCGAGCCCAUCCUGAUAAGGUUACUUGUGAGGAGGAGGAAGGUGUUAAAGACCCCUCUAUAAGGAAGAAAAUAAAAGAGAUUGCUGCAGAGGUGGAGGAGACGGAAGGGCGGGGCCAACUGAAGGUAAUCCUGAAGGAGCCCUAUGAUGUCCAUGCCUUCAAAGGACUCCGGACUGCUUUUCCUAAACUUUUGCCUCCAGCUGGGCCAGGGGUGGGACCCAAAGGGGCACCAUUUGGCGGCAGGUUUUCCAACUCAAUGUUCUCGGGGGAGUAUCCCUCUCAGGGAGGUUCUUUCUCUGACUUAGCAUAUGGGGAAUCAGGCAUGGGGGGCUACUCAGGUUUUCCAGGGGGUGAUAUGGAUCUCAGACGUUUUUCUGAUGAUAUGAGCGGUCAUCAAGGGGGAGGUGGAGGUGAUUUCGGGCUGAGUGAUAGAAGAGAUAGCUGUGGGAAUGGUGGACCAUUGGGAAAGAACCAGUGUUACCAAGAUGAAUUCAGAGGCAACCAAAUGGGGCGGAGCAUAAUGGAUAGGCCAAUGGACCGGCCAAUGGGUAGAUCGCUGGACCAAUCAAUGGAUAGACCACUGGAAAGGCCAAGCUUAAUGGGAGCAGUUUCAGAGACCAACAGCCUCCCUGCUACACUGCUUGGUUACCUGGACACUUUCCGGAUUGAGAGUGAGAACGAUGCCCAGAUUGUGCUAAAGGUGACACAGAAGUUAACGGACGUACUGAUGGAGUACAGGCUCAGGAGUGUAUCAUCGGGUCCUAGUAUGAACAGCAGUUUGAACAACUCGAAGGCUUCCAUGGGCGGGUACUCUCCUCCCAGAAUGUCCGGCACUGGAGAUCGCUAUGCAGGCAGCCUCAUGGGUUCGUCCAGAUUUUCUGAUGGUCCCCAGAGGUUCUACAACUGACACACUCCGCAAAACCUUGUUUCGAUUCUUGUUUCACACUUCUACCUGUCCAUGUUGGCACCAGACGCCGCAGAUGUUUCACUUCAGAGGGAUUGUGUAAAAACCUUUGUAUCCCCAUUGUGUAGCUCACAGUCUAUAAAUGGAAGCCUUGCUAUGAAUAAUCUCAUUUGGACCAAGUGUAGGUGUUAUUUCUUUGUUUAGGAUUUAUUUUAAGACACGUGCUAAAACUGAAAUUUGUUUCUCAGCCUGUUUAAGGCAACUGUUACAAGGUGUGGUUGCUGCAUGCCUUACCUGCGUAAACUCAACUGGCCUCAAUGUACUUUUUAUAUCUAUUAAAAUAAUUACAGAAAAUGACUUUCAUGACAAAGUGAAAUCCAUAUUCCCUUGAAAAAUAGUGUUGGUAUAAUUUGUAUGGGAAUAAUUCUACAGCACCCAAAUUGAGGUGGAGUGAUGUCCAUGCUAGAUUUUAUAAAUUGGUAAUCCUGAAGGCAACAAUCAUCAAUCUUUAAAUACAACUAAACAAGUCAACUUAUUUGUAGGAUAGAGAUUUUGUGGGCUCUAAAAUGUCAAGGUGUGACGCGCUUGCGGCACUUGCUAGCAGUUGAGAAACUCCUUUCAGGGCUUCAGACAAAAUGCAUAAUGAUGAAACUAUGAAAUGUACUCUUUAGUGUCUCCCCUGCCCGAGUUGUUCUGGGGGGGAAUUCCUCUCAAGUUGGGUUGUGACCGUCAUUAACGUGGGGGAAAUGAGUUAGCGAAACUCAAAACGCUUCAAAAUUAAUUCUGAGAACCAGGCAAAGAUAGUGACUACAGCCAUAUGCAUUUUUUCCCUCUCUUUUAAAAAGUAUCCCUGACAUUUGGUACAAUAAACAAGUUCCCAUCUGUGGCUCUGCCAGUCAGUUGAAUUGAGUUACAGAUUGGCUUGCAAAACCAGAUGUUUUGGUCAUAUUUAUUUCAAAUCGAGUUGGAAAAAAAAGACUAUGACAAACUUCAGAGCAAACUUUUGUAACAAGAGCCAAGAACAAAAAUUAGGCAAUGUUACUGAAAUAAAUUUCU